AUGGCAUCUGUUUUGCAAGGUGAGGAAGUUGCGUAAACGCAGAACAAUGCAAAAGGAAGUUUGACUGAAGAAAACAGCGGCAUGCAACUCGAGUACCAUCAUUUUGCAACAGUUAAGUUGCAUAUCAGAUAUACCUAGUUUUUUCUAGCUCUGAGAGGUACAUAAGUUGGUAAUGAUAUAAGACCUUUUUGUGACGUCAAGGAAACUCUUGAGCCACAAGCUCUCUAAUUUUAACCUCACCAGUUCCGUGUUGGCCACACAGCAACAGCUGCUGUACAAGAGUGAGAAGAUUGCAAACAAAGCUCACAAGCAUGGAAGUCAUCUUCAAGGAGGGGAUGUUGUACCUUCAAGGGGCCAAGUUUGGAAAGAAAACAUGGCGAAAAAUAUGGGUGGUGCUUUUUAAGCCCAGCUGUACAGGGGUGGGCAGGUUGGAGUUCUAUCCUGCAUCUGACAGCACUUCUAUUAGCGACCAGUUUAAAUCCAGCCGGCAGAAAACCCAAGAAAGAAAAGUGGUGCGUCUAAGUGAUUGCCUCAGUGUCACCCCUGCUGCUAAGGAGUCCUGCCCUGAUGGCUGCACAGCUUUCUACUUAAACACUACCCGAAGCAAAUACACCUUUGCCUCCAAAGAAAGCCAGGACUGGCUCAGUGCCCUCUCUCUUCUCGCCUUCCAGAAGGAUACUGGAGAAUCAGCCAAAGGGGAUUUUGAGGGAGGAAAUGGCUUAACUAUGGAGGAAAAUGACCUUUACUCAUCUUGGAAAAGAGCUCUUCCUUCAAACCACUACCACGUGAAGGUCCUGAGCACAGAAGCAUCAAAGAGGCGCAACCUGGCUGGAGAGUAUUUGGUGUGCCCCGAUAAAGAGGCUCUGGUUCUGUCCACCGUCAAUGGUGGGGUUAUCACCCGCUGGCCAUACAGGCUCUUGCGUAAAUUUGGACAAGUUGAGGGGGGAUUCAGCAUUGAAGCAGGCCGUCGCUGUGAGUCAGGAGAAGGAGUAUUCAUCUUCCUGACGCAACACGGUCCGGAGAUCUUCCAGGCUAUAGUCAAGCAGUGUUCAUUGGAGAAGGAGCGAUGUGUCCAGCAUCGUAGUGCCAACAGACAAUCAUUAUAUGAAAUUUCUCCACCCAGUCCUCCCAGAAAUGUUGUCCUCCCACUCCCAACCCACUGGCUUGCCGCUUCUCCUGCCUACAAUCCUACAGAUGCCACCACCGACAUGGAGGACAAGUCUGCUUGCCACUACUCUAACAGUAAUGACGCCUCUAUACAAAAUACAGAGCAGUCAUUUCUUAUUGCACCCUCUCUCUCUGGCAGUAAGGAAGCACUAGUAGAGGAAGAUGAGGAUGAGGAUGAAGUGUGUUCUUCCCUGGAAGCUAUGCAGCUAGAAAACAUCAUGGAGGACAGCCUUUAUUACAACUUGAGGAAACACACACCUCCUUUGACAAGAAAAACUGAGAUGGCUAAUUCAGAUUGCAUCUAUUCUGAAGUGGCAAAAUAUGAUUUUUCCUCGGAUCCCCAGCCUUUCUUUUCAACCCUACCCCUACCCCAGCCCCCUCUUCUGCCCCCAGUGGACGACUACACAGAGCUAGAACACAGCACCCAGGCUCUGGAUGAAGAUGAGAUGACGGAGACAAAGGAGGACAUCGGCUCAUGUGCUUGCGUCACCCCCUCAGAGGCUACCGGCACUUUUAAACAAAGGCUGGCAGAAAUCAUUUCUAAGGACCUGGCAAAGUUCCAGCCACCUCCUUCCUUUGGAUCGUGUAGCCCCACAUUUCCUCAGUAGGCUGUUGGUUAAAGACUAUAUGGAGCAAUUUCAGCAGUGAUAAACCAUCAUAAGGAUUUUUCUUUUUUAGCUGCUAUGAAUUCCUUCCCUAAGAGUGCACAGUUAGGCAGUUUGUGCUUGCAGAUGUGUUUUUCUUGUGUGAAAAUGUGUCUGGAAGUCAUAUUUUCUUUGUGAUGACUGCGGCUGCAAAACAGAAGAUUCCUUUUGUUUUCUACUUAUACAUAUAUACUUUUAAAGUCAUAUAGCUAAGCUUGCUGCACCACUGCUGGGCUGUUUCAUUACAGAAAGGCUUUGAAAAGAUUAGGUCUCUUUAUUGCGUGUAAGAAAUUAUAUGGCAUCUUUGGAAUAUACUUUCUUAGAAAUAAACAAGAUGAUUUGGUCUCAUACAGUGCUUACAAAAAGUUAGGAAUAAGUUUGAAUAAAUCAAAAGUUCAUGCUACACUGAUGUUAUAUGUUAUGAAUGUACAACAUUUAAGUAGAAUUGUGCAAUGGAAAUUCAUUCAUCUCAAACAAUUUAGCUAUCAACAGUGGUGGGUACACCACAACAUAAUAAAUAUCAAUGUGUCA